AUGUGUUGCUGACAGAAUAUAAGGCGGAUUGUGUCGGGAGGAGCAGUGCGCCGAGCCACCCGUUGUGUAUCUGUUGCCCGAAGGGAAGCUGAUUUGUUUCCCCAAGUGGGUAAAUGCUCCGGCUAUCUCGCCCUGCCGUGGACAUUGGACAGCCAGCCGGUGGGUGAGAUGCCGAGUUGAAGGAUACUGCUUGUAAAGAGCGCCGCGCUUCAAGCUACUGUACCAGUGCGCUGAUGGUACUUUGUGGAGGCGUGCAGUUGCCCAUAGAGCCAAGGUGAUCCCCGGCACUGUGGCCACAGGGGGAGAGUGGCCACCGCUAUGGUGACACUGACAGAGGCUGGAUGUGGCCGAGACGCUGCCUGAACAUGGCCCGCCGUGUGGAGAAGGCAUUGGCGUGUGGAUCCUCCCGGGCAGAGGUGCAACUUUCCCCGUCCGCUCUGCUCGAUUGCGGCUGUGUGUUUUAGGCUACUGCUGCUGCCUGCAAUCUGAUGCCUGCAAAAUGGGAUCCACUUUGGGAUGCGUCCGAAAGCAACGAGAGGCUGCGGGAGCGGAUGGGAAACAAACCCCCCUCACGCCGCGGCGAAGAAAAAUCAAAUUUAAACGCUUCAGAAGAAACAGGAAAAGAGACGGUGAGAGGGGAGAGGCGAAGGGGGAGCAGCCCGGUGAAUCAGUGCCAUCGGCAACAGUGCUGCUGGAAGCUGGUGAGACGCGUCUUCCCAGCGCUGUAACUGCAGGGAAAUUAACACCGGGCUCCGGCUCCGACCCCCGCCCCACUCCUGGAGACACGGCCCGCUCUCCCAGCCCGCCACCGGAGUUGCACAAACCGGCACGUCUCAGACAUUUAUCACACCUUCCUUCUCCAACAGAGAAAUCAAUAGAUCUAAAUGCCGAAGCCGGUGGCGAAGGCACGCAGCAGGUGCUAUCAGCCAAACCAGUUGACGAACAUGCGACUACAUUUUCAAAGGACGUAUCUUUACAUGAUCAAAUCCCAGCACCGGGGGAGCACUCUGAUCCACAAGUCAACAUGAAAGGAGAUUUAAUUUUCCCAAUCCCAGUGUCUGGAGAAGAGAACCGAACUCAGAGCCUGGAAGGAGAUACUCGAGUGAGGUAUAAGAUAAUUCCCAAUACCCCUGACGUCGCUGCCUUUGAUUGUAAUGACACAGAAGAUGGUCUCGAAAGUCCCACGUUAUCCCGAGAGACGCUCAAACAGCGCCUGCAGCUUGACUGGGAGGGGAACAACGCAAGUGGAGUUGACAAGUUGCUGAAAACUGUACACGGCGAACGCAUACAUGCCAAGAACGGUCAGCCAACAGUGCACAGGGGAAAUGGUGCUCUUGAAGAGGGAGCACAGUUUGUGAGACUGAAGAGGGGCUUCACCGUGGAGCCACAGACCUGUACCACUCUGUUCUCCUCUGGUUAUGGCAGUAAUCUGGCUACUGCCGAAAUAAAUGAGAGUGAAUCUGGAAGAACAAGCAGCAGAGAUUUCGAGUCUUCCUCCAUACCGGAUGGAGACAUUCUGUCUCUUUCAGAAAAUGAAUUGGGAUUUUCCACUGGUAAUGAAUGUGAUGAUAUCAGUUUAGGCCAGAUUGAACAUCUGAGCCAGGAAAUGAUCUCAGAAAUUUAUGUGAGUGGAGAAUCUGGUGACAUGUCUGCGAAAGAAAAGCUGCUACUUUGGACACAGAAGUUGACGGAAGGCUAUUCUGGGCUAAAGUGUUCCAAUUUUACUUCCAGUUGGAGCGAUGGAAAAGUAUUUAAUGCUAUCAUUCAUAAAUACAGACCAGACCUCAUUGACAUGGAGAAAGUUUCCAUUCAGAGCAAUCAAGAGAAUCUGGAGCAAGCCUUUGCCGUUGCUGAAUCACUUGGUGUCACAAGACUGUUGGAUCCAGAAGAUGUUGAUGUCCCAUCGCCCGAUGAGAAAUCGGUGCUCACUUACGUCUCCUCUAUUUAUGAAUCAUUCCCCAAGGUCCCAGAAGGUGGUGAAGGUAUUACUGCAAAUGAGGUUGAUUCCAAAUGGGAGGAAUACCAAGAUAAAGUAAACUACCUCUUCCAGUGGAUCAGGCAGCACAUCAGGCGGAUGUCCGAUAAAGCUUUUCCACACAAUCCUGUAGAACUUAAGGCACUUUAUAAUGAAUAUGUACAUUUUAAAGAGACUGAAUUACCAGCAAAAGAACUAGAAAAGGCACAAAUACAACAUUUGUACAAAUUGUUUGAGGUUUGGAUAGAGUUUGGUCGAUUUAUGCUUCCCCAAGGUUUCCACCCCAAUGAUGUAGAAGAAGAAUGGGGCAAACUGAUCUUUGAAAUGUUAGAUCGCGAGAAAGCCCUCAGACCUGCAGUAGAAAGGCUGGAACUACUACUGCAGAUUGCCAAUAAAAUUCAAAAUGGAGCUUUAAAUUGCGAAGAAAAAUUAACAUUAGCCAAAAAUACCCUGCAGGCUGAUGCUACUCAUUUAGAAUCAGGGCAGCAGUUUCAUUAUGAAACUGAAGUGGUCAUGUACUUAGAAGAAUGUGAACGAUUAAUACGACAGCUACAAAUUGACGUGCAGAUUCUCCGAGAUGAGAAGUAUUAUCAGGUGGAACAGAUUGUUAUGAGAAUCAUUAAACUGCAGGAUGAACUGGUGACGUUGAGGCUCGAGUGCACCAACCUGUACAGGAAAGGACAUUUUAUCUCCUCAACAGACCACUUGCAGCCUUUGAACCUGACUGCCAUUGACUUAACAACUGAUGUUGGUUCAAGCACUUUGCACAUCUCCUCCCUCACGGGAUUUAAAAAACCCACAACAAGAUCAGAAUUGAUUGCAAUCUCUUCAACGCAAGAUGAAGGAAGCCUGCGAUUUGUCUAUGAGCUUUUGGCCUGGGUGGAGGAAACGCAGGUUAAACUUGAUCGAGCUGAAUGGGGCACGGACUUGCCCAAUGUGGAGAUGCAGCUGGAAACACACAGGACAAUCCAUGCUGCAGUGGAAGAACUGGACUCUAGUCUUAAAGAAGCUAAAAUUUAUGAAGGCCAAAUCUCUUCAAACUUCAAGACCAGUUAUUCAGAUACGCUAAGUAAACUGGAAGUACAAUACCUCAAACUACUGGAAACAUCAAGGUUGCGUUUGAGACACUUGUUAAGUUUGCACAGUUUUGUAUCGAAUGUGACAACUGAGCUUAUUUGGCUAAAUGAAAAGGAGGAGGAAGAAUUGGCCUAUGAUUGGAGUGACAACAAUACGAAUAUUUCUACAAAGAAAGAAUAUUUCAUCGACCUAAAGAAAGAACUGGAGCAGAAGCAAAUGUUUAUUAAGUCCCACCAGGAGACAGGAGAACAGCUUUCACUGGAGAGCCAUCCCGCCAGGCAGACGGUGGAGGCAUACAGUGCAGCACUUCAGACACAGUGGCACUGGAUCAAACAGCUAUGCUGUUGUGUGGAGCAACAUGUGAAAGAUAACACUGCCUACUUCCAGUUUUUAAGUGAUGUUAAAGAAGCAGAACAAUAUUUACGAAACCUGCAGGAGACAAUAAGGAGAAAAUAUAAGUGUGAUCGGACCAGUAGUCUGUCAAAACUGGAGGAUCUACUUCAAGAUUCAAUGGAUGAAAAGGAACAACUGAUAAAGUACAAGAGUUGCAUAGCGGGUCUCGUUGGAAGAGCAAAAACAAUUGUCCAGUUGAAACCACGAAAUCCCGAUAAUGUUUUAAAAGGGACUAUCCCAAUCAGAGCGAUCUGUGACUACAGGCAAAUCGAGCCGCUUGGCACCAUGCAGCAUCCAUCAACGGGGAAGGUUACAGGGUCUGGGCCGCUGCCUUCACUCCAUUACCUCGGUCAAUAUCACUCCGGGAUUGGCCAAAAGGAGAUCACUGUUUGUAAGAAUGACGAGUGUGUUCUGGAGGAUAACUCUCACAGAACGAAAUGGAAGGUUAUUAGUCCCACUGGUAACGAGGCAAUGGUUCCAUCGGUCUGCUUCACUAUCCCUGCACCCAACCAGGAGGCCAUUGACACUAGCAACAGAAUUGAACAGAUAUAUCAGAAUGUUAUGGCUUUGUGGCACCAACUCCACCUUAAUAUGAAAAGUGUUGUGGCUUGGAAUUACCUAGUGAAAGAUAUUGAAACUAUUCACACUUGGAACAAAGACACUAUUAAAACACUCAAAGCAACUGAGCAGCAGCAACUGAUGAAAAACCUUCGGGUGCAUUAUGAGGAUUUCCUUGAAGACAGUCAGGAGUCUCAAGUGUUUUCCAUUGCGGACAGACUGCGAUUAGAGGAAGAGGUGGAUGGUUGUAAGGAGCAUUACGAGCAGCUAUUGGCCACCAUGGAAACAGAAGAAAAAGAUGAAACGCUGAGUAAGACCUGCAUCUCGGAGCUACAAAAUAUACACCUGCGCCUGGGAAAGUAUAACGACCGAUUAAUACGGAGACUUCAAGCCUCAGUUGAAGGAGAUGUCAUGCAAGAAAAUACCUUCAGAAUUGCUGAACAGGAGCACAUGCAGCAGGAAUUAAGUGGGUUGAAAUCUGAAUUGAAUGAGGUGACAAAGAGAUGCAAGACCUUUUUCUACCAGUCUCCUUCUGCGGCUAGUAUCCCAGUUCUACGCUCUGAGUUGGACCUGGUGGUGCAGAAGAUGGAUCAAGUGCAUUCAUUGUCCUCAGCCUACUUGGACAAGUUGAAGAUGGUGGAUGUGAUUUUGAAAAAUAGCCAAAGAGCGGAGAUGUUGGUUAAGAUGUAUGAAAUGAAGCUGAGUGAAGAGGACAUGGUCCCAGUAAACCAGCAGGCUGUUAAAGGACACAGGAGCGUGCUGCAGCAAUGGCUUGGCGAUGUGAAGGAGAAGCAGGAAGUGUUUUCCUCUUUGGAAGAGGAAAUGCAACGAGCACAGGCGGUUUGCAAACAUCUCUUUGAGCUACACAAUGAGCGCAGCUUGGAUUUGGAACGACAUCAAGAGAAAGCGGUACAGCUGAAAGACCGAUGGCGAAACAUCCAAACACAGAUCGAGACCAGAGAGUCUGAAUUGGCGACCAUCGAAGCAUUGCUGAAGAAUUACAGGGGCUGCCAUCAGUCACUAAUAGAUUGGAUUGAGGAAACCACUGCACAGCAAGGGAAGAUGGAGCCAGGGAAGGCAGAAGAUACAAAGAUCCUCUCCGAACAGCUGAGUCAACAAAUGGCUCUGGUUGCUGAAAUAGAAAAUAAUCAAAUCAAACUUGAUGAAUGCCAGAGUCUGUCUAAACAGUACUCUGCUGGUGUGAAGGAUUACGAACUGCAGUUGAUGACCUACAGAGCCUUUGUUGAAUCUCACCAAAAGUCACCCGUAAAACGCCGUAGAAUGCAUUCAUCAUCAGAUGUCAUAACCCAAGAGUUCAUGGAUCUCAGAACACAAUACACCGCACUGGUGACUCUAACAACUCAACAUGUGAAGUACAUCAGUGAUGCUUUGAGGCGGCUGGAAGAAGAGGAGAAAAUUGUCGAGGAGGAAAAGCAGGAACAUGUUGAAAAAAUGAAGGAACUCUUAGGCUGGGUUUUGAACACGGAUCAGAUCCGAAAAAAUAAGAAUGUUUUACCAGAAACAGCGGGCCUGGAAUCCAUUGAGCAGUCAUUCAGUGAGCAGCAGGUAAUCACUGAAGAACUCAAUGCCAAGAAAGACCAUGUAGCAGAGGCAAUCAAAACGACACAGAUUUUUCUUGCCAAACAUGGAAACAGAAUAUCUCCAGAAGAACAGCAACAGGUGACAUCGCAGUUGAACACACUGAAGGAAACCUAUGGUAAACUGUGUGACGAGUCUGCAGCAGAGCUCCAGCAACUACAAAACAAGCUCACUCACGAAGUGCAACGAAAGGGGAAUGAAACAAUUGCAGGUGUGAUUGACCUGGGAACAGUAGAAAUCUUUUCAAUUUUCCGUGCCAUGCAGAAGGGUUUUAUAGACCAAGACACAGGCCUUGCCCUGCUUCAGAUUCAAGUGAUUAAUUCUGGCCUCCUUAUUCCUGAAACCGGUGAAUUCCUGACGGUUGAACAAGCUUUAGAAAGAGGUGCGAUAGAUAAUCAAACAGCUAAAUCCUUGAAAGAGCUGCAAGCUGCCGCACAGCUCUUGAAAAGCACCGAUUUUAAAAGCAAUAAACUUCUUCCUGUGGCUGCUGCUGUUGAAGAGAAAAAAAUUGAAGAGAAUGUGGGACUGAAGAUUUUGGAGAUCCAGCUUAACUGUGGCUUUGGAAACUUACCACCAACUGAAGCUGUGGAUCUAGAGAAAGCUUUCCAACUGGGCCUGAUCAGUGCUUCCCUCCACUCGAAGAUGAAGGCUAGACAAAGAGUACAGAAAGGUUUGAUUGAUCCUAACACAGGAGAAAAGCUUGGACUGCCAGAACUGAUACAGCGAUGCAUUGUAGAUAAAGAAAGUGGAUUAACUUUAUUUCCAAUAAAGCAGCUUGCCGGUGGGAUGAUAUGUCUGAAAUCUGGAAGGAAGGUCAGCUUAUUCCGUGCUAUCCAAGAAGGCUUGAUAGACCAACAGGUGAUGGUCAGACUUUUAGAGACCCAAUUAUUUGCAGGUGGCAUCGUAGACCCGCGAACAGGGCACCGUCUAACAGUGGAUGAAGCAGUGAGACAUAAUCUCAUCGAUCACAAUAUAGCUUGUUCCAUAUUAAUUCGUCAAAUCCAGACGGGCGGUAUUAUCGAUCCUGUCUCAGCUCAGCGAUUGACUCUGGAUGAGGCUGUACAACGGGGUUUGAUGAGUCCGAGAAGCGCAUUGGUUGUAUUGGAGUCACAGCUGUCCUUUAAGGGACUGCUGUGGCCAAAUUCUGGUGAAGUCCUUCCCGUGGCCACUGCAGUGCAACAGGGUCUUGUCUCCAUUGAUCUUGCACACGCAUUCCUGAAGAAGAGACCCACCAUAUCUGAACUUUUUUGCCCUGAAACCACUGAGGUACUGUCUUGGGAAGAAUCAAUUGAGCAAGGAAUUUUAGACGACAAAGCAGCUGAAGUAUUGAAGUCAAUUCGUAUUCCAGAUACGAUGCCAAAUAUGAAAGAGCCUGGUUUUCCAAUUGUAGACAGAUUGAACUGGAGGACGGCUGGUGGAACAAUGCCAAAUUCCAGUUUGAAGUCCCUGGUUGCUGACAACAAUACACCAGUCUCACAUAGUCAAAUAGUGGAAGAAAGGCUAUUGUCUUUCUUAAUGGCACAAAGUUAUAUGAAUGUGCAUAAUGGUAACAGAUUGCUUUUGAUUGAUGCCAAGUUGAAUGACAUCACUAAAGAAUUCAUAAGAGCAAGAGUAAACACUGCAGUUGUGAAAAGUAUAAAAACGUUGGAAGAAUGCAAUAAAGAAUAUGAUACCACCACAAAUUAUGCUGAAUUAUACCAUCCAGUGACGCUAACAGUAAAACAAAAUGACAGCUCUAAAGCAAGUGAUAAGAUAGAAGCUGGUUAUGGAAUGUAUGAAAGACAAUCGGAUGGAUGGAUUAAGGAAAUUAGAAACAGUGAGGAAAUGCCUUUAAAGAAGAAUGUGGAUUUUCCAGCCUCUGAAGAAAAAACAUAUAAGACUGAAAUCUGUUGCAAGGAUAUUGUGACUAAUGAACAACAAGCAGUUGGAAAGGAACUGGACACAAUGGAAUAUGAAAAUGGUCAAAAAGAAAGACUGAAAAUACUGCCCGGAAAAUCUAAAUUUGAAAGUGUAAUUAGUGUAAAAUCAAAUGUUGCUGAAAAAUCUACAAAAGGAUCACAGAAAGCAAAUAUGUCUAGCAUAGUUACUGAAACUUCUCAUUAUACAAUAAGUGAUGUAAAAAUUCAAUCCACUUCACAGGAUCAAGUCGACAAUAAAUGCUUUGAGGAAGAAGCCAUUGUUUUGCAGACAGUUGAAGCGAUCCAUCUGCCAGACUCUCAAAUUACUUCAACCAGUUCAGUUGUAGGUUUUCCAGCAUCAGCAGUUCACGGGUCAUUGAAAGAGACUCAGUGUGGUGUAAUACUAAAUAAUGGAGCCAAAGCUGUCGUAAGCGUUAGCAGGACUGGACCAACAUUGUGUGAUAUUAAAAAUGGAAUUGGCCAAGGCAAUGUGAAAGGGUCCUUAAAAGGGAACAUUGCAGAAUUGCAUAGUGGUGAGCAAAAUCCUGAACUAAAUGAUCCUGCAAAAUAUUUCCAAUGGCAGGAAUUGCCAAUAAUGUCAGAGCCAAGAGAAGACUAUUUGGAUGAUGAAUCCACUUUAAAUGUUCUGAUUGACCAGCUUCAAAAUGGUGGUGUCGUUGAUGAACAGACAGGCCAGAGACUAGCACUGAAUGAAGCCGUAACCAAGGGAGUGCUUCCAAGCCACACUGCCCUCAAACUAGUUGAAAAACUGUCCAUCUUCGGUGGUUUCUUUGAUCCACAGACGUGUGAAACUGUGACGGUGGCUGAGGCAGUGGACGAGGGUCUGGUGAAUGAACAGAUGAUUCGGAAGAUCUUGAACUCUGAGAAAGUUAUCUGUGGGGUCAUCACUCCAGGUUGCACUGCUGUGCGUUCAGUCAAGGAUGCAGCUGAAGUAGGCCUUCUGGAUCAAGAAACUGCAGCAAGAGUCCUGGAGGGACAAGUCAUUUCUGGUGGGAUCGUCGACUUAAAACGAGGCAAACAGUUAUCAGUGACUCUCGCAUCAAAAAUGGGCUUAGUGGACCAUGCCCAUCGGGGUAAUUUGAUCAAGCUAGAAAAGGCUACAAAGGGAAGAGAAUCGGAUGAAAACACAAAACUACGCAUGAUUUCUUUACAAAUGGAAAUGAAUGGCAUAGUGGACCCACAAACAAAAGAAUGCAUAACAGCUGUUGAAGCAAGAAAGAGGGGAAUCAUUGAUAAGGAAGCCAUGCUUAACAUUUUGAAAAAGCAGGUGGCCUUUGGGGGAAUUAAUCAUCACCUGUCAGGAAUGAGACUUUCCGUGACAGAUGCUGUUAAAUGCGGGCUCGUUGAUCAGGAUAUAGCAAGCGAAUUGAUUGAAGUGGAGAAAGCUUGUCAUCAUGCAUAUAUCCACCCAAAGACUAUAGAGUCAAUUAAUUUAUCUGAUGCAGCAUCAUUAGAUCUAGAGGACACUCCAUUUGCUUUCAAAACUAAAGAAACUCAAGCCUGGAGUAGAAGCCUUAAGGAGCCGGUAGCUUCAGAAAAUCUGACAUUAACACAAGGUACUAAUCAAGGAAGAACAUCUGCACUGACAAAAGCAAUGUCCUCUGAGCAGCAUCGAGGAAUUGUAGAUCCUCAGCAGUGUAGGAUAAUACCUUACUCUGAGCUAAUUAAAAAAGGAAAAAUAGACUUGGAAUCGGGCCAGAGAUAUAUGGAAGCCAGAUAUUUCACAGGUAUCCGAGAUGAACUAACAGGCAAGAACUUAACACUUGCUGAAGCAGCAAAAACGAGGCAAGUGGACCCAGUCGCUGCCAUGAGACUGCUGCAAGCCCAGGCUGACAGUGGUGGGAUUGUAGACACUACCACUGGUGACAGGAUGUCACUGCAAAAAGCUGCACAAUGUGAGCUACUAGAUGAUGAUAUGUUUGAGAUUAUUGUCAUGAAUCAGCUUUUGGAUGGAGGAGUAAUUGAUCCACUCACUGGAGAAAGAGUUCCACUCCUUCAAGCGGUUGACAAUGGUCUGAUAAGCCAUAAAAUGGCUGAAGAAAUCCAGUCCAAUGUCGGAUCGACUGGUGAAUAUUCUGAUCCUGACCUGGGCACUAAUAUAGAGAUGGAAAAAUUCAUUACGCCAUUUGUACCAAGUACAUCUUUCGACGGGACACUUUCAAACGAAGGGAGUCAGAUAUUACCUCCAAGAAUGGAGAAGGGCACCCAUUUGAAGAUUAGGGAUGAAAAUCCAGUUAUCAGUUAUAAAAACAAAGUGCCUAAUUCUCAUGACAACCCAGAGUCUCUAUCAUCUGGUCUACUGGUAGAAAAAACACCUGUGACAAAGAAUUCACUAUCCCUGAAGUCUGUUGAUAUGAAAUAUGUAGUAUGUCAGAACAAAGAAAAAAUUGAUAUCCCCACUAUGUUAGCCCCUGAAGAAUUGGUGUAUAUGGACAGAGAAACAAACAUAAGCAAUGUGGGACGAAUGGUUGAGGAGGAAAUGGAACUUGAUAAUUAUUCAAAGGAUGGCUUCGACGUUAUGGCGAAUGUGCAAGAUGUUACGAGUUUGGAAAGAACUGAUGAAAGGAUCUUUGUGAAAAGAAAGAAGGAUCAUUCUGCUGAUGAAAAACAAAUGGUGAUUUCUCACGAUGUGAUGGAUGAGAGUGAUCAAGGCAUUAAUUUGACAAUGGAUUGUGGAAUGAACGAAUUCAAGUUAGAUGCAGGGAAACAUACACUGUUAAGUAGGAAAGGACUUCCCGAUUACUUACUGAAGGAAAGUGAGGAAAUGGCUAAUCAAACAAUAAACGAAGAAAGUUUAGGAGGGAGCAUGUCGAAAAAUAAGGAUGAUGGAAGGAUGCUUUUAAAACAAAUAAAGGAGACCAUUGCAAGAUCAAUUCACGAAGGUUCAGGUGAAUUGCAGUCAUUUGUUGAAAUGGUCCAACAUGUUGGAUGUGAUGAAGAACCAGACGGUAAAGCAAGGGAACUGGACAAUGUAACUGAAGAUGGAGAAUCAGCAGGUAAAAUGUCAGAAGAUGAAAAUAAACUUUCAACUGUUAGUGAGCGGAAUGUGUUGGUGAUGCCUAUAAAAAGGUCUGAUGACAGUGAAAACAUGGCAAUGCUUUCAGAAGGCAGACAACCAAAUGCCAAAUCCAGAGAUGUAGUCGACUUGAGGAUAAAUGAAAGAUGUGAACCAAUAAAAGUUGCAGAAGAACAAAGAAAAAAUGAAUUGACAGAAUGUAUCCAGCCAAUCUUGGACAAAAAAUUGAACUCUAAUUUUGGAGAGGAGAAUAAAAGCACCCCGAUGAUGAUAAACGAAGACUUCCUGCAGAAACAGAUUGAUGAACCAACAUUUAUGGUCUUGAAUGAACAAGGACGGAUUAUCAACAAAGAUACUGAAAAUGUUAAGGACAAACAAGAAGUAAUAACUGAAAUACAGCCUUUAUGUCAUAAGCAGCAAUGCCUGGAACAUGACAAGAAUCUUGUUUCUUACCUGUCUCAUGUGCUGGAUAUUGAGUUGAGGCUCAAGCAACAGAAGCCAGUCGGUGACAACCUGCCAAGGCUUCUUGAACAAUUGCACGUGGCAAAGGGCUUUGAAGCAGAACUUGAGAAGCUAUCAGUCCAGAUUGACCAAGAGAUGAUAUUGGUUAAGAUACUCGAAGGAUGCACACAUGUACCUGAUCAAUUACAGAAGGCACUUGAGAAAGACUCGAAAAGCUUGCAGAUCUCAUUUACCUCAGUCCGCGAGCAGUCAAAAGCUUGGCACGGUGCUUUGACAGACGUUCUGGCAACUAAGAAAGAGCUAAAGGGAUCAUCGUCACACACUAAAGCAGAUAUUGAUGAAGUGAAUUUUGAUAUCCAACGUUUUAAUACUGAUCAUGCUCAAGCCUCAAGCCCUCAACAAAGCAGCAUGUUGUUGCAUAAACAAUUAGAUGACCCAUUUGGGUCAUUCGGAAACAUUUCUGAAAAUAUUGGAGCAUGGACUUCACCACCAGAUCUUCAGCUUCAGGAUAACGUGUCUGUGGAAUCCAAGCAGACGCGACAGGAACAACAGGAGGAAUGCGAGCAGAAACUGGAUGAGCUUGGUACAUGGCUGGCCCAGACAGCUAACAUGGUGGCCAGUCACCAGGUGGCAAUUAGCGAGUGUGACUUGCCAGCUCUUCAUGAGCAGCAGAGUGCGAUUCAGACAUUACAAAAAGACAUGCAAUCACGCGCUGCUGCUAUGGAGGAUGUGAUCAAGGCCACAGAACACUUAUUACAUGAAAAUGAGGGAAAGCUAGGUACUGAAGAAUUGGCAAAAGUUGAAACAAAACUAUUGGAAGUUAAGGCUCAGCACAAAGUCUUGAGUCAAAGUGCCGAGAAACUUCAGAAACAAGUAGACAGUGCCUUAACGAAAGCUGUGCAGCAGGAAACAGAAAAGGCAAAAGCAGAAGAGGAACUUGAAGAAAAUAAGGUUAAGAUCGAUGGUCUGUUGGAGUGGCUGUCAUCCGUGGGGCGGCAGACAGCCACAUAUUACCCUCACAUGCGGCCUCGUGAGGUCAGAGACCGUCUUGGUGAAGAUGAAAUUGAUGCUUUAGGAAAUGGUGUACGACCGCGAGACCGGGACGAUGUAAUGGAUACUCCCGCUGGGAAGGGUGGAAACCUGAACCAGCAGCAACAGGCAUUGAAGGAACAUCAUGAAACGUUGCUGUCACAGCAACAAGCGUUUGUAUUGGCGACACAGUCAGCUCAGUCCUUUCUGGAUAAGCAUGGCCACAAUCUUUCACCAGAAGAGAGAAAACAACUGCAGAGUAACUUGAACGAUUUGAAGGAACAGUAUGAGACAGCGCUGUUACAUGCAGACUCUCAGCUGAAAUAUGUUCACGCUUUGCAGGAAGAACUCCAAAAAUUUCAGAAAGAUCAUGGUGAAUUUGAGACCUGGCUAAUUCAGUCUGAGCAUGAACUAGAAGAGAUAAAAGCAGGUGAAAUGGACUCCGAUUCAUUGCAAGUCAAGUUGCAGAAGCAGAAGGGUUUCUCUGAAGAUGUUAUUUCUCACAAAGGAGAUCUAAGAUAUAUCACUAUUUCUGGGCAAAAGGUCUUGGAUGCGGCAGAUGUCUUUGCAGAAGCUAAUGCAAAUGAAGAUUUUAAGAGCCCAAUCGACCCAUCUGUAACCAGCACACUGGUGAAGGAGAAGUUAGAAGAUGCCAAAAAUCGCUAUAGCACACUUCAUUCAAAAUGCAAUAAACUUGGCACUCACCUUGCCAAUAUGUUGGAGAAAUAUCAACAUUUCCAUGACAUUGCCAGUGAGCUGAAUUCAUGGCUGGAGAACUCGGAGGUAACUGGAGAUAGGCUUCUGUUGGAAACUAUUUCUUCUGAUCCAGAAAGCUUACAGAAACACCUUGCAGAAAUCAAGGUGCUUCAGGGAGACCUAGCUGAACAUGAAGUCGGCGUAGAAAAGUUACAAAAAGCAGCAAACUCCUUGAUGUCCAUGGAUGAUGACCUUGUUCCAAACCAAGAUCAAAUUCAACUAACGACAGGUUCCAUUACGCAGAGGUUCAAGAAAUUGUCUACAGUAGUUUCAGAACACAACGAGAAGAUGCAGGUAUCAAUCGCUCAGUCUCAGAGUGUUCAAGAAGGUCUGGAUAAUUUACUGAACUGGCUGGAAGGUGUUGAAAAGAGUUUGAAAAAUCAGGAUAAUUUGCCGUUGUCGUCUGCUGCCAUCCAGGAUUCCCUGGCCCAAAACGCUAAAUUAAAGCAGGAUAUUGCUAGUCAUCAAAGCAGCAUUAACACAAUCCAGGAAAUGGUUCACGGUUUUAUUGAAAAUACAGAUAGAGCAACUGCUUCUUCACUGCAAGAGAAGCUUGAACGGUUGAAUAGCCAAGUGCAAGCGGUGUGCAAUGAGCAACAGGUGAAGGAGGAGAAGCUGAGGAAACUGCUACCUAAAACAGAGCAGUUUGAAAAACUGGUGCAGGAUGUUGGACAGUUCAUCGAAAACAAAUCUCAGAGUCUGGCAGCUGGAGGAGAUCCCAAUGAAGAUAUUGCUCACUUUUCACAGAAAAUACUGGAGGCAAGCACAGAAAUGGUGAAGCAAAGGGAAGACCUACAGGCUCUGCAGCAGCUCGCUGAAGAACUGGCCACAUUUGACAUCUUGACGGAAAAGAAUCAGCUCACAGAGACUGUCAAAGACCUAACCAAAGGGUACAAAAAACUAGAACUGAAUAUUAAGAAGAGGGAGGAAGAGGCAACAUCCUGCCAGCAGUCUCUGAGCGACUUCACUUCCCUGGUUGAGUCGAUUAGAAAAUGGUUAAAGGAAACAGAGACUCGCAUUCCGUGUUUUGAAUCGGCACUUGAUACAGACACAAUCAAGGAACAGAUCCAAGAAGUGGUGGUUCUUUUGGAAGAUUGGUCAGCAAAAUCUCCACAAAUUCAAGAAAUAAACCACAAAGGAACUGAGUUAGAAAGUCUCAUCAUGGAAAUAACAUCUCCAGACACUGCUUUGAACACCAGUAAAACAGGUUCUGUGAUGAUGAAUGGUGGAGUGACUGCGCCUAGUAUGAAUGGGUACCACAGGAGCAAAGAACUUGCAGAAAUCCAGCAGAAUGUCUCUGAUGUGAACCAUAAUUAUAAAAUCCUUGGUAAUACGCUGAAGGAAUGUCAGGACCAUCUAAGCGCCACACUUAACCAAAUGCAAGAGGUUGAGGAAGAGACUGCUUCUAUCAUGAACUGGCUGGAAUCAAAAGAACAGACUUUAACCUCUUUAAGCUCAUCAUCAAUCAAAACUCAAGCUAUGAAAGCACAAGUGGAGCAAAACAAGGUACAUCUGGCUGAGCUUGAACAGAAUUCUGAUAAGAUUAAUAAACUUAAAGAGACAUUGAAAGGCUUACUGAAGAAAAAUCCAGACUCGCCCGAAGCCAAGAAAUGGACGGAAAUGCUGGAAGGAAUAGAGUCAAAGUGGGCUCGUGCUAAUCAGACAAUAACACAGAGGCAACAAAAACUUGAAGAGUCAGCAGAUCUUCUUUCAACUUUCCAGAGCACAGAAUCACAGCUCAGUCCAUGGUUAUCAGAGAAAGAAUUAAUGAUGAGUGUACUGGGUCCUCUAUCGAUCGAUCCAAACAUGCUGCAUGCUCAGAAACAACAAGUGCAGUUCAUGCUGAAGGAGUUUGAGACCCGCAAACCGCAAUACGAACAACUUAACCAGGCAGCACAGGGCAUACUCUGUGCUCUCGAUGAUGUGUCUCCGUCUGACAACCACGUGCGAGACCAGCACAGAGCCAUCAACGACAAGUGGGAUAACCUCACGCAUCAGCUCAGCAGCCGUUCCAAUCAGAUUGAUCAAGCCACCGCCAAGAGUACUGAGUACCAAGAGUUACUGCAGCGGCUCAGCGACAGAGUCAGGAUCCUCAACCAUAAACUAAACAGUCAGUCGGUGAUCAGCACACAGCCCGACAUUGUCAAGCAGCAGCUCGAAGAAAUCAGUGAGAUCCGUUCAGAUUUAGAACAGCAGAAGGAACAGAUUGAAGAAGCUCAGAAUCUCUGCGAGGACCUCUCCUCCCUCAUCGGUGAACAGUAUUUGAAGGAUGAGCUUCGUAAGCGGCUAGAUGCGGUCUUGCUGCCAUUUAAUGGUCUUGAGGAGCGAGCAGGUGAUCGCAUAAAUCAACUACAAACAACUCUGGCCAGUUCGCAGCAGUUUCAACAAACCUUUGACGAGCUCAGGCUGUGGCUGGAUGAGAAAUGCAGCGAGCAUUCAAGGAAACCUCCCGUGUCUGCAAACCUUGACAUUUUACAAUCUCAAAUCAGUGAACAGGAGGAGUUCCAAAAAAGCCUGAAUCAGCAUUCGGGCUCCUAUGAGAUGAUCUUGGGUGAAGGAGAGUCUCUGGUCCGAAGUGCUCAGACAGGUGAAGAAAAGACGAAUCUUCAGAGUCAAUUAUCAACUCUUAAAGGGCAGUGGGAUGAGCUCUGGAAGCAGGCAGCAGGUAGAUAUUCGAAACUCAAAGACUGUGUUCAAAAAGCACAGAAGUACAGGCAGUACAUGGAAGAGCUGCUCCCAUGGAUAGAAGAAUGUGAAUUUAAAGUGGAAGAACUGGAGAUCACCAUUGAUCCAGCACAACUGAACUCUUCCUUAGCUAACGCAAAGGAUCUACAACAUGAUGUAGAAAAACAUCGCUCGCCGCUGGAAAUGAUGAACACUGCCGCUGACAUCCUUGUAGAUUCCUGUCAGGUGGAUGAAGAAGAUAUUAGGGAUGAAAAAACGGACAUAAACCAGAGGAUGGACAUCGUUACAGAACGACUUCAAGCCAAAAGUGAAUCAAUUGAAGAAAUGGCCCAAAGGUUGAAAGAAUUCCAGGAUUCCCUGAAAAGCAUUCAAAUGAAGCUUGAUGGCACUAAACAGCAGCUUGAAAUAUACGAUGCUCUUGGACCACAGGCCUACAGCAAUAAGAACUUGGAAAAGUUGAGGACUCGUCAGGAAUCGCUUCAGAUCUUGGAGUCGCAGGUAGACUAUCUGAGAGACCUGGCUCAAGGACUGGCAGAAGAUGCCCCUGAUGGUGCGGAUUCAUCACGGCUCCUCCAGCAAGCAGAGUUAGUUCAGCAAGAAUAUGGCAGUGUAAAAGAGAGAGUGAAUGAAAGUUGUUUGGCGAUGGAAAAUAGACUUCAGGGAAUCGGACAUUUCCAGAACCAUAUUCGGGAAAUGUUUUCACAUCUUGCAGACUUGGAUGACGAAUUGGACAGCAUGAGUCCCAUUGGGAGAGACCUAGACAGUCUGCAGUCACAGAUUGAUGACAUUAAGCAGUUUAUCAGCAAACUUAAAGAAUUAAAGAAAGAUAUUGAAAGUUCAGAAGAAAAAUGCAAACAAAUGCUGGAGGAGGAAGGUAGUCCAGAUCUUCAGGGGCUGAAACGAGAGCUUGAAGCCUUGAAUAAACAAUGUGGUAAACUGCUUGAACGUGGAAGGAACCGGCAAGAGCAAGUGGAGAUGACUGUGGGACGUGUUGAAGACUUUUAUGAGAAACUCAGAGAAUUAAAUAACCUUCUAACCAAAACUGAAGAGGGCGAGGAAUUGCAAGGAAACGUGGGCACAGAAGUUGACGUUAUCAAUCAACAGCUGGCCAACUUUAAGACGUUUCAAAAGGUUCAGGUGGAUCCUAUACAGUACAAACUUCAGCAGGCCAAUGGAGUGGGUCAGGGUCUUAUUCAGAGUGCCGCAAAGAAUGCGAAUACACAAGGACUGGAACAUGAUCUAGAUGAAACUAAUAUCAGAUGGAACACGCUCAACAAAAAGGUGGCAGAACGUAUCUCUCAGUUACAAGAGGCACUGUUGCAUCGUGGAAAAUUCCAGGAUGCUUUGGAACCUUUACUGAGUUGGCUGACGGAUACUGAAGAGCUAAUUGCCAACCAGAAACCACCUUCAGCGGAAUAUAAAGUGGUGAAGGCGCAAAUACAGGAGCAGAAGCUCCUGCAAAGACUACUCGAUGAUCGCAGGUCCACAGUUGAGAUCAUUAAGGUGGAGGGAGAGAGGAUUGCGGAGUCUGCAGAAACAGCAGAAAAGGAUAAGAUCCAGAAACAACUGCCCAAUCUGCGGGGCAGAUGGGACGGUUUACUGAGCAAGGCUGCUGCAAGGCAGCAGCAAUUGGAGGAUAUUUUGGUCAUUGCAAAGCAGUUCCAUGAGACGGCAGAGCCGCUCAACGACUGGUUGACCAGUAAAGAGAAAAAACUGGCCAACUCCGAACCUGUAGGAACUCAAACUGCGAAAAUCCAACAGCAAAUUACACGUCAUAAGGCGUUAGGGGAUGACAUCACAAACCAAACGGAGAGCAUACGCCAGGCAGUCGAUAUCGGCCAGUUUCUCAUGACGUUGAGUGCAAAACCAGACCAGGACAUGGUCGAGGACAAAUUGGAGUCUAUCCAGACUCGGUACAGGGAGAUUAGGGACAAGUGCAGCCGAAAGGCUGUCCUGCUCCAGCAAGCCCUUGCCAACGCCAAGAUCUUUGGAGAGGAGGAGGUGGAGGUGUUGAAUUGGCUGGCUGAUGUUCAGGACAAACUAAGUCUGGUGACCAUCAAUGAUUACAAAUCUGACAUCCUGCUUAAACAACACAAAGAGCAGCUGGCUCUGAAUGAUGACAUUAUAUCCCGGAAGAAGAAUGUAGAUCAAGCAGUUAAAAAUGGGCAGGCCCUUCUUAAACAAACCACAGGUGAAGAGGUGAUCAUAAUUCAGGAGAAACUGGAUGGUAUUAAGAGCCGGUAUGCAGAAAUUACUACUUCUAGUUCCAGGGCACUGAAAACGUUAGAGCAGGUUCUGCAACUUGCCACAAAGUUCCAAGCCUUCAAUGAAGAGCUGUGUGGCUGGCUCGAUGCGGUGGAAUCUGAGCUUGCUGCAAGCACGCCACAGUCGCCAAUUGGAGAGCAGAUACCACAGCUCCACGAGAGACAGAAGGAGUUGAAGAAGGAAGUGAUGGAAUACAGGCUGGUCCUGGAUACAAUUAAUGAAGUGAGCAAUGCAUUACUGGAGCUAGUGCCGUGGAGAGCACGAGAGGGUCUGGACCGACAGGUGGCAGAAGCCAAUGACCGGUACAAGACGGUCAGUGACACGGUGACACAGAAGGUUGAAGCAAUAGAUGCUGCAAUUCAGAGGUCGCAACAGUAUGAGCAGGCCACUGAUUCCGAGCUCACCUGGGUGGCAGAAACUGUGCGAAAGUUAACAGCCUUGGGUCCAAUAAGACUGGAACAAGAUCAAACAACAGCUCAACUACAGGUGCAGAAGGCCUUUACAAUCGACAUCAUACGGCACAAGGAUUCUAUAGAUGAGUUGAUAAAUACGCAAGAUGAAAUUCUUAAUACCUGUAGAGAUGAACAAAAGACUGCAUUGCAGGACAAGAUGGACUUAUUGCAGCAGCAAUAUGAGAUGGUCAGUCAGAUGAACACUGAAAGGUACUCCCAACUGGAGAGAGCUCAAGUCCUGAUUAACCAGUUUUGGGAAACCUACGAGGAGCUGUGUCCAUGGCUCGAUGAGACCAGAGCUCUGAUGAUGCAGCUCCCACCACCAGCUGUGGACCAUGAGAUCUUGAAGCAACAACAGGAAGAAAUGAGGCAACUCCGUGAGUCAAUCUCUGAGCACAAGCCACAUAUUGAUAAGCUAAUGAAGAUUGGGCCUCAGUUGGUGCUGUUGAAUCCAGAUGAAGGCAGAAUGGUUCAUGAGAAACAUACCACGGCUGAAGCACUCUAUGCUAAAAUAAAACAUGAUGCCCGAGAGAGGGCUUUGGCGUUGGAUGAAGCAAUUUCACAGUCUGCUCAGUUUGCUGAGUUUCAUGACAAGAUUGAUCCAAUGCUGGAGUCUCUGGGGCACAUUGCUGACCGAAUGAGGAUGCCUCCCUCCAUACCAGCUGAGGUUGAGAAAAUCCGAGAGCACAUCAACGAGAAUAAAAAUAUUGCAAUGGAGCUCGAAAAACUCCAGCCAUCUUUUGAAGCUCUCAAACGUCGUGGUGGGGAACUGAUCAGUCGGUCAUCUGGAGCAGAAGAGGAUCCUGCAGCUAAAUCUAUUCAAGACAAGUUGGAUGAGAUGGCAUUUUACUGGGAAGAUAUCAAAGCUCGUGGUGAAGAGAGGGAUAAUAAGCUUCUGGAUGUACUUGACCUUGCUGAGAAGUUCUGGGAUGAUAUGGCUGCCCUACUGACUACCAUUAAGGACACCCAGGAAAUAGUGCGAGACCUGGAGAGUCCUGGUAUUGAUCCUUCAAUCAUUAAACAACAGCAGGAGGCUGCAGAGACAAUUAAAGAGGAGACUGAUGGACUUCACGAGGAACUGGAAUUUGUGCGAAUCUUGGGAGCAGACCUCAUCUUUGCCUGCGGGGAAUUCGAAAAACCUGAAGUGAAAAAGAGUAUAGAUGAGCUUAAUAACACUUGGGAUAACCUGAAUAAAACUUGGAAGGAGCGAAUGGACAAACUAGAAGAUGCCAUGCAAGCUGCUGUCCAAUACCAAGAUGCAUUGCAAGCAAUGUUUGACUGGCUGGAUAACACUGUAAUAAAACUGGGAGAGAUGUCUCCAGUUGGCACAGAUAUCAAUACAGUAAAGCAACAAAUAAAUGAAAUGAAGGAAUUUAAAAUGGAGGUUUACCAGCAACAAAUCGAGAUGGAAAAGCUGAACCACCAGGGGGAGCUCCUACUGAAGAAAGCGUCAGAUGAGACUGAUCGCGACAUCAUUCAACAACCACUCAAGGAACUCCAACAUCUGUGGGAAAAUUUGGGAGAGAAGAUCAUUAACAGACAGCACAGGGUGGAGGGUGCACUCUUGGCACUGGGUCAGUUUCAGCAUGCACUGGCUGAACUUGUGGCAUGGCUGAAUCAUACAGAGGAGCUUCUGGAAGGACAAAAACCAAUCACUGGAGAUCCAAAGGCCAUAGAAAUUGAACUGGCAAAGCACCACGUCCUGAAAAACGAUGUCCUUGCACACAAGUCAACAUUUGACACCGUGAAUAAAGCUGGGAAUGAGCUUCUGGAGUCGAGUGCAGGGGAGGAUGCCAGUAACCUAAAGCAUCGACUCGACACACUGAACAAGAACUGGCAGUCUCUGCUGAGGAAAACCGAGGGGAGAGAGCAGCAACUGGGGGCUGCUUUGCAGCAGGCUGAAGGAUUUCAUGCAGAAAUUGAGGACUUUUUGCAGUGGCUAAGUAGGAUUGAGAAUCAGUUGGCAGUAUCAAAGUCCACUGGAGGUUUACCUGAGACAGCUCGAGAACAACUCAACACACACUUGGACCUCUAUAGGGAAUUUUGUGCCAAUGAAGAAACGUACAAGAACGUGCACGAUAAGGGUCGGCUGUUGCAGAGUAGCCGUGACGAUGCUGCUGGAUCCAACGUUGAACAGUGUGUAACAUUACUGGAGCAGAAGUGGCAAUCGAUGAGCACAAAGAUGGAGGAAAGAAAGACCAAGCUGGAAGAGGCACUCACUCUUGCAACAGAAUUUCAGAAUUCGCUACAGGAUUUCAUUAACUGGCUUACACAGGCAGAGCAGGGCCUGAACAUCGCGGCUCCUCCCAGUCUUAUCCUGGAUACAGUUCUUUUCCAGAUAGAUGAACACAAGAUUUUUGCCAAUGAAGUCAAUUCUCAUCGGGAUCCAAUCAUCGACCUGGAUAAAACUGGAAAUCAGCUGAAGUUCCUCAGCCAGAAGCAGGAUGUGGUGCUGAUAAAGAAUCUUCUAUUCAGUGUGCAGUCGCGCUGGGAGAAGGUGGUGCAGCGCUCCGUAGAGAGAGGAAGGGCACUGGAUGAGGCCAGGAAACGGGCAAAGCAGUUCUACGAAGCCUGGAAAAAGUUGAUUGACUGGCUGGAAGAAGCAGAAAACAAUCUGGAUACUGACAUAGAAAUCUCCAAUGACCCAGAUAAAAUCAAACUGCAGCUUACAAAGCACAAGGAUUUUCAAAAAACUCUGGGUGGGAAACAGCCAGUGUAUGAUACCACAAUCCGCAUGGGCCGCUCGAUGAAAGAUAAGGCUUCACAUGCAGAUGACCGCCUGAAAAUGGACAAUCUCCUUGGAGAAGUGCGAGACAAGUGGGACACCGUCUGUGGCAAGUCAGUCGAGAGGCAGCACAAGUUGGAAGAGGCCCUGCUGUUUUCAGGGCAGUUUACUGACGCUCUCCAAGCGUUGGUUGACUGGCUGUACAAGGUUGAGCCGCAGUUGGCUGAGGAUCAACCUGUCCAUGGAGAUCUAGAUCUGGUGAUGAACCUGUUGGAUGCUCACAAGGGUUUCCAAAAGGAACUUGGGAAGCGCACGGGGAACGUGCAGGUCCUGAAACGGUCGGCCCGUGAACUGAUUGAGAACAGCCACGAUGAUACAACCUGGGUGAAGGCUCAACUGCAGGAGUUGAGCAUACGAUGGGACAUAGUGUGCAAACUCUCCGUCUCUAAACAGACGCGGCUUGAGCAGGCACUUAAACAGGCAGAGGAAUUCCACAAUGCCGUCCAUGGGCUGCUGGAGUGGCUAUCUGAGGCUGAGCAAUCACUUCGAUUCCGAGGAGUCCUACCGGAUGAUGUGGAGGCUCUACAGUCCUUGAUCGAUCUACACAAGGAAUUUAUGAAGAAAGUGGAGGAGAAGCGUGUGGAUGUAAAUAAUGCAGCUGGCAUGGGAGAGGCUAUAUUAGCAGUGUGCCACCCAGACUGUGUCACCACCGUCAAACACUGGAUCACCAUCAUCCGAGCCCGCUUUGAAGAGGUGUUGACGUGGGCAAAGCAACACCAGCAGCGGUUGGCAACCGCACUGUCUGAGCUGGUUACCAAUGCCGAAUUGUUGGAAGAAUUAUUGACAUGGCUACAGUGGGCUGAAACUACACUAAUACAAAGGGAUCAAGAGUCCAUGCCAAAGGACAUUGAACAAGUCAAAACUAGCAUCACAGAGCACCAGUCUUUCAUGGAAGAAAUGACGAGGAAGCAGCCAGAUGUGGAUAAAGUUACAAAAACAUACAAGCGGAAAGCAGCAGAACCUUCACAUGCGCGAGGAAGGAAAAAUCUAAAUCAAAUGACUCAUCCUCCUGCACCCACGACUAUGCCAGCACAGACUGAAGCAAAGAAUCCACAGAUCAAUCUGCUCUCUGGCAGAUGGCAGCAGGUCUGGUUACUGGCGUUAGAGAGACAGCGCAAACUACACGACUGUCUGGACCGACUGGAAGAACUGAAAGAAUUUGCCAACUUUGACUUUGAUGUGUGGCGAAAAAAAUACAUGCGAUGGAUGAACCACAAGAAGUCCCGAGUGAUGGACUUCUUCAGGCGCAUCGAUAAGGAUCAGGAUGGAAAGAUCACGCGGCAGGAGUUUAUUGAUGGAAUCCUGUCUUCAAAAUUCCCCACCAGUAAACUGGAAAUGACUGCUGUAGCUGACAUCUUUGAUGGAGAUGGAGAUGGUUACAUUGAUUAUUACGAAUUUGUGGCCGCACUUCAUCCGAAUAAAGAUGCCUACCGGCCUGUUACUGACGCCGACAAAAUUGAGGAUGAGGUGACCAGACAGGUGGCACAGUGUAAAUGUGCAAAACGAUUUCAGGUGGAGCAGAUUGGAGAAAACAAGUAUAGAUUCUUCCUUGGAAAUCAGGCUUCCAGCACAUUAGCCUUAUUAGGAUUUGGUGAUUCUCAGCAGUUGCGCCUUGUGCGUAUUUUACGGAGUACGGUAAUGGUUCGUGUUGGAGGAGGAUGGAUGGCCUUGGAUGAAUUCUUAGUGAAAAAUGAUCCCUGCAGAGCGAGAGGGCGAACCAACUUAGAACUGCGAGAGAAAUUUAUCUUACCAGAGGGAGCCCCUCAGGGCAUGGCUCCCUUCAGGCUGAGGGGCCGCAAAUCCAAACCUUCUUCCAGGGCUGCAUCUCCGACACGGUCCAGUUCCAGUGCCAGCCACAGUAACCACAGCUGCACAUCCAUGCCCUCAUCACCAGCAACUCCAGCCAGUGGGAAUAAGACGCCCCAGACCUUCACACGUUGUUAUGACAAACCUUGGUUGACAAACAGUAAAGUCUCUACUCCCACUAAGUGCCUAGACUCACAUGUGCUCCAGAUUCCCAGCAUUGAGGUGACUCCUGUUCAGGGAAGUAAACUCAGACGACCAAGCUACCACUCCAGUAAGGUUUCACUGACUGGGGACAACGGCAACUCACCUGCUGCCUCUAAGUCCGGCAAAACUGAUACCAAAAGGACGCCAAGCAGGCCCACAAGUCGGGCUGGGAGUCGCGCUGGUAGCGGGGCAAACAGUCGGCGAGGCAGUGACGCGUCUGAUUUCGACGUUCUGGAGACACAGUCGAUGUGUUCCGAUAUUUCCGAGUCCAGCACGGGUGGAUCCCAAGCAAGCUCGAGAAGGAGCUCGUCAAAACCCUCAAAAAUCCCAACACCCUCAAAGAAAACCACAACCCCAAAAAAUACAAACACCAGAAGAUAAUACAAACGAUGCUGCAGAAUAGAAUACACGUGCGCACACACAGACACACACACACACUUUCAGAAGCCACCAGAUGUAUAAUAUUCUACAAAAAAAAGUACUGUUGUUAAGCAUUGUAAAAGAUUAAUUGUGGUCUAAUGCUGCCUUAUCAUUGUACUUUGUUUUUUUUUUGUUUUUGUAAGUUAAAAGUUUUUUCAUGUGAAUAUUUAUGUAGAUAAGACAUCCAUGUUUGUUCCCAUGGCGUCUGCGUCAGAGGGAAGUGAGAAUGCUUUUAAAAGAAAAAAAAAAAGGAAAUUUAAAUGUGUUCGUGUUCUAUUAAAGAUUUGAACUACUGCUUUUUUUUAAAAACUUGCAUUUAGGAUAUGACCCUUGAACGAGAACUUUGACUUGCUGUGGAGGCAAGACAAAUGCUGCAGUGUUUGUUAGAAAUCAUGGAUACCUCACGGAGUAUUUAAGUGGGAAAAAAAAUGGAGCGAUGUACAGUUUUACUUAUUUUUAAGAAUGUUCAUUUUUUUGCCUGCUGAAAGUUACACAUAAUAAUUAUGACAAAAAGUGCACAUGCAAGUUGUAAAAGACUAUUGCUAUCUUGUAGGCAGUAUAAAGGACACUUUAAUAGCAGCUGAUGAUCAUUGCGGGCCACACCAGCAGUUGCUAGCAAGGCCUUUCUCACUUUUUUAUGCUGCUUUUUGUUCAUUUGAACUGACCACUGGGGCUACAUGAGCAGCCGUAUUUAUAUUCUAUUGAUAUCUAGUCUGAACAUGUCGCUGUGUGAAUCCACAAUUGAAAUUGUACCAAUGAGUCAAACGUUCAUUUUUUUUUGUAUUCAAAAACAAAUGUGCUUGCAGUAACUUAAAGAAGUAUUAAGUACUGC